AUGGAUGAGAAAUACGACGCCGUCAUCCUCGGCACUGGUGUGACCGAGUGCGUGCUUUCGGCACUCUUGUCCGUCGAGGGCAAGAAGGUGCUUCACAUUGACCGUGGUCAGGUCUACGGAGGCGAGAUGGCUUCGCUCAACCUCACCCAGCUCUACGAAAAGUUCCGACCUGGCGCAGAGCCUCCCAAAGACUGGGGUCGUGACCGAGACUGGGCCGUCGACCUCAUUCCCAAGCUCAUCAUGGCCAACGGCGAGCUCACCCAGAUGCUUGUACACACCGACGUCACCCGCUACCUCGAGUUCAAGCAGAUCGCCGCCUCGUACGUCUACCGCGAUGGCAGGAUCGCCAAGGUGCCUGCCACCGAGAUGGAAGCCGUCCGCUCUUCGCUCAUGGGUCUCUUCGAGAAGCGUCGAGCAAAGAAAUUCUUCGAGUUCAUCCAGAACUGGCGCGACUCGGACCCCGCUACUCACCAGACCCUCGACCUCGACUCGGACCCCAUGGUCAAGGUCUUCAACUACUUUGGUCUCGAGCCAGGCACCAAAGACUUCAUCGGUCACUCGAUGGCGCUCCACCUCGACGACUCGUACCUUCAGCGUCCCGCUCGCGAGACGUACGACCGCAUCAUGCUCUACACUUCCUCCAUGGCACGCUACGGCAAGUCGCCCUACAUCUACCCGCUCUACGGUCUCGGCGAGCUCCCUCAGGCGUUCGCUCGCCUCUCGGCCAUCUACGGCGGUACCUACAUGCUCGACAAAUCCGUCGAUGAGAUCGUGGUUGAUGAGGAGACAGGCAAGUUUGUCGGCGUUCGCAGCGGCGAAGAGACCGUCAAAGCCGACAUGGUGAUUGGCGACCCCAGCUACUUCCGCUCUGGCGUCGCUGGCAAGGACAAGGUGCGCGAGACGGGCAAGGUGGUGCGUGCCAUCUGCAUCCUCAAGCACCCCAUCCCCAACACGGACAACUCGGACUCGGUUCAACUCAUCAUCCCUCAAAACCAGGUGGGCCGAAAGCACGACAUCUACAUUUCCGGAGUCUCGAGCGCACAGAAUGUCGCCGCUCGCGACUUUUACGUAGCCCAGGUCUCCACCAUCGUCGAGACCGACAAGCCUGAGCUCGAGCUGCGACCAGGUCUCGACCUGCUCGGACCCAUUCUCGACAAGUUUGUCGCCAUCAGCCCCAUCGAGGAGCCCAUCGAGGGCGGCAAGGAGGACAACAUCUUCAUCACGCGUUCCUACGACGCCACUUCGCACUUUGAGACCGUCGUCGAAGACGUUCACGACGUAUGGAGGCGUCUGACCAACGGCGAGAAGCUCGUCCUUAAGAAGCGGGAUGAUGGUGAGGGUGCUCAGGUGCAGGCUUAA